UCGCCGGUUGGUGCGCCGAACUCGAGGUGAACAUAAUAUUAAAGAUUCACAAUACAAUUUCGGCGAUCACCGACAUCGCACGUACCAUGUGUGGGCGAAAAUAUUACGUAUCUUUAUAAAGAUUUAAGUGUGCGAUAUUGAAGAUUGAUUGUUUAUAGACUAUUCAUUGUAAUAACUAGUGAAGUGUUUUAAGUUGCAGACCAAAAGUGUAUUUUAUAAAAAUGAAGUUAAUAAUAUCAAUGAUCGUGCUUAUAGCAGCCAUCUAUCUAGGGUAUAAGUUUAUGCUUAGAAAACCAUCGAAAUUACCUGAUUUAGACCUUCAAAGGUGGUGGGGUGUCGGCGAUAGGACUGAACGACAAGAUGAUUCGAUCAGACCGUUUAAGAUCGACUUCAAUGACAGUAUGAUCGCGGACUUGAGACAAAGGUUAAAAAAUAGGCGCCGCUUCACAAAACCACUUGAAGGCACACAAUCGCAGUACGGAAUGAACACAGAUUACUUAGAAACCGUUCUGAACUAUUGGACUAACGACUAUAACUUCAAAGAAAGGGCAGAACUGUUGAAUGCCUUCCCUCAUUACAAGACCAAAAUCCAGGGCUUAGACAUGCAUUUUAUUCAUGUUAAACCUAAAGUUAAUGAUAAUAAGAUUCAAAUUCUGCCGCUACUUAUGUUACAUGGCUGGCCAAGUUCGUCCAAGGAGUUUGCUAAAGUUAUACCCACUUUGACUACACCAAAACCUGGAUACGAUUUCGUUUUUGAAGUGAUCGCUGCGGAUUUGCCCGGAUUUGGGUACUCUGAGGGAACGAAUAAACGAGGUCUGAACCCAGUGCAGAUGGGCAUUAUGAUGCGCAACUUGAUGUUCAGGAUUGGAUUCACAAAGUUUUACAUUCAGGGAGGAGAUUGGGGCUCACAAGUUGCCACACACAUGGCUACUCUUUUCCCAGAAAACGUUUUAGGAUAUCACUGUAACAUGCCAGUAUCGUCAAGGCCAAUCAGCCACAUCAAAUUACUCAUUGGGUCAUUGUUCCCAAGCCUUAUUGACCCAGUUGGCCAUACAAGAGUGUACCCGCUGAAGAAGUAUUUUAGUUACAUAUUGAGGGAAAGUGGAUAUUUCCAUAUUCAGGCAACUAAACCGGAUACUGUAGGUGUUGGUCUCACGGACUCGCCGUCUGGUUUAGCGGCUUAUUUGAUGGAAAAAAUGGCCAUGUGCAGUAACAGUGAGCAGUUGGACACGCCGCACGGGGGUCUAGCUAACCUUGACCUCAACGAUGUCCUGGACACAGUGACUAUCAUGUGGGCUAACGAGUGCGUCGUGACCGCCACGAGAUUGUAUGCAGAAAGCUUCUUUUAUCCAGAAAUAAAUAUACUACAAGAUAUACCUACGGAAGUUCCAACAGCUGCCGUAAAAUUCCUAUACGAAGUUGUCUACCAACCCGACUGGCUAAUAAGAGAUAAGUUCCCGAAUUUAGUCAGAUCAACAAUUUUCGAUUUCGGAGGACAUUUUGCCGCGUUACACACGCCCAAGGAAUUCGCGGACGACAUAUUCGCAUCCGCUGAGGCUUUCCUCGAAUUCCAUAAAAAAGAAAAAUAAUGUUACGUACUCAUUAGGUUUUACAGAGCCA